AUGCGUUCUUCUUCUCCCCGGCGCAGAGUCGCGGCCAGCAAUGCCGCUGCUGCUCUUCGCGCGGCUGACUCCAGCGAUGACGAAAUGACAAUCGACGAGCGCAAGGAAUGGAUGGGCAUCGCGGACCCUCUCCUUCGCCGCCGAAUACAGAACCGCGUCGCCCAACGCGCCAGACGGCGCAGAUUGGCGAAAAGCAAAGGUAGCAAAGAUCACAGCGAAAGCAAAUCCCGCCAACAGAGCUGGGACAGCGAAGCUUCUUCGACAGCGCCUUCCUCCACAUUCGAUGAGAAGGCCGCGGAAGAACCCACAGACGAGCCACUAGCUUGCGAAUCCGCGUCUGAUCCACCCUCAUCUGCUUCGAUAAUCGCAGAGAUCCUAGGUCUGGACAGCACGCCUCCCUCAGCUACCCUCUCAACUCCCUCCUCCUCCUCCAUCUCAGACACAGACUCAAUCUCCCCAAGCACUCCGCCCACUCUAUUUGCCACCCCGCAGGAUCUCCAGCGCGAGCAUUAUGAGCGCGAGCUUGAGCGAAUGACCUCGCUCGACUUUGAUUCCGCGCUCGACUGCAGUCUCUUUGACGAGCCCUCGACCGCGCCGCCAGAUCAGUUCCGGCAAUGUCUGGCGGGCUCGCUGGCGCCUACGACUACGACCUUGCAAGAGCUACUGAUGCCGCCGUCGCUGAUGAUGCCAUGCCAGCCUGUCGGGACGGCGAUGUGCCACAACAUCAAGAAACUGCCUCUUCCGCACGACUUGCCACAGUAUCAGGUCUUUUCCCCACCCGAAGACUCCAGCUCGAUCCCACGGUCUCUCUUUCCCACUCAGCUGCAGAGUGUAGUACCACACAUCCAAUAUGUUGAUGCUAUCCCGUUUUCGAGCUUGCGCGACGCGCUCCUGCAGCAGAUGCGCAUGGGAUCGCUGGACGAGAUUGCGUUCUGCCAGGACCUGCUCAACGACGGGUUUCGCGUCUGGGGAUCAGAUCCCGCGCAGCCGUUAGCGUGGGAGAUUUCCGAGGAGUUUGCAAAGAAAUGGGCAUGGCUGAUCGAUGACUCGAUCCUCGACAUCGCAAAGUUCUGGGCCGGCCAGCGCAAGCAGGGUCAUCUGGAUGGCGAAAUCCUCCCCUCGCUCUUGUGA